CAGUGACACACUAAAGAGUUGAGACAUGUUGACUUGGCCAACAACCCAACCUGACACUCAGUUGUUAAACAGACCCAGAAGAGGACAGACGAUCAGUGUAGCCUGUUAUCUGUCAAAAUGGCCGGGAACUUCGCAGGAAACUGUUUAUGUAACUUGCUUAGUGCAAGUAUGUUUAUGGCCGGCUGCACCAUUCUGCUCGUCACAGCUUUCCCAAUUGCUCAGAUUACUUUAGGUGCAGUGCACAUGUAUGACUGUCCAGCAGCACCAUUCAUCCCGGUGUAUGUGAUGGUAUGUGGGAUGCUGGCCCUGCUGCUGAUGGGCCUGUUUGCUUUACCAAAGCUCAUCUGUCCAACUGCACCGGGCAACAUGAUCUGGACUGUGUGGAUCAUCAGCCUGCUGCUGUUUGUCUUCAUCUGGUUCAUCUGUGGCAGUUACUACAUUUAUUCUGUAUAUCCACCCAACUACAUCAAGAUCACCCUCGACCCACACAGCUUCAACAACAGUAUCACCAAGCCCAGUUUCAUCUUCAUUGACCAGAACCAGAGCCUUCCAAACCUCAACCAGACUGGGAUGAUGUCCACCGACACCACCACCCCCACCACCACCAACAACAACAACCAGACUUUAUUGGACCUGAUUCAAACUCUGGCCCACAGCAACAUCAGCAGUGAGACAAACAGAGAAGAUCCGAACACUCCACAAGCACUUCACACCGCGCCGGCUGCAGCUCCUUACUGUGACAGAACUGUGUACCUGUUUGCUUUCUGGACCACCACACUGGUCUACGCGUUUGGAGGAAACGCCCUGGUGAUCCUCGUCUGUAUAUACGGUUUCAUGACAAUCGCAAAUAAACUUACAAAGUAUGUAUUUUGAACUGAACUGAAGGAUCAGUCUUCUUUUGGCUGAUGAUUAAAUGCUUUGUAAUGAUGUAAUGAUGCAGAGGCUGAAUGUUCUACUUGUUACGACACUUAUCAUGCAUCAACGCCUUGAGAAACAAGGAGAAAUCAAAGAUUUAAACAGUUCCUCUUAGGAAACACAAGUUCUCUGUUGCUUCAUGUAUCUUGAUGAACUGAUUUCUACCAGUCAUACCUGUAACAUUUCAGUUAUACUUUAUGCAAAUCUUUUACCAACUUGUGAAUGUUUUAUAAAGACAAAUUUAAGAGUUUUUUUAAAUCAGCUAAAAACAGGAAUAUGACUAUUAAUAAGAAAUCUCUGUAGAAAGAUCAUUCUGUGAAAUGACUUUAUAAUGGAUUAGGGUUAGAGUUUUUGUUGUAUGGCUUCUAAAUAGCUAUGUAAGCUGUUAACUUCCUACCUGUUCACAGUGUCUGCUUUCUUUACCCUUUUUGUUCUGUGAAUUGCUUUUUGUUGUGUUGCCUAAUAUAUAGUUGGUGAAGCUGACAUCUGUUAGCUUAAAACAAAAGACAGCAUUGAGAAAGUGCUCUUGAGCAAGGCUAUAAAUUCCCAGGCAGUUAUGUACAGGUCUAGUACAGUUGAUGUCAUGUUGACUCACUUUGAGCUCAAAAGAAAUUUAGCACCACUCAGUGGAAAAAAACAGAAAGUGCACUCUGUGGAAGUUUAUACGGUUUAUAAAUGAUGCGACAUGGACAUGAAAGGAAAUGUAAUAUGUAAAUAAUAAUAAAGAUCUCUCAAUAUCUACAAUCCUACUAUAACAUGAAACAUGGUGGAUUUUGCUUAAAUAUCAAAUGUUCAUAUACAGGUAUAAAAUGUGCAACACAUGUUAUAAAUAAUGAUUUAAAAUGAUUCUGAACAUGUAAACUUGCUAGUAAAUAUUUAACGGAAA